AUGAAAUCCCUCCAGACUUUCUUCGGAGUCGGAGGCGACACCUCCUCCCGUCUUCUUGCCCGCUUCAACAUCCACCCGACAUGCCGCGUCGGCGAAUUGGCCAACAAGCAGGUUCUUGAUCUGACCGCCGUACUGUCUGAUAUGAAGAUUGAGAACGAUCUCCGCCGUGAGGUCCUGAACGAUAUCAAGCGCUUGAAAGAGACGGGUACAUAUCGCGGUCGUCGCCAUGCGUUGGGCUUGCCUGUGCGAGGACAGCGGACGCGCACCCAGAUCAAAACUCCCGUCAGGCUCAACCGGAUGGAACGUCGUCUGUAA